AACAACUACCACUACAAGCGAUUAACACACGAACAGUAACAAUUGCCAACUUAUAAGUCAAGAUUCAUAACUGUAGUUUGUUACGUGGUAGAAACGGUUCGCAUAAUUUGUUUACAAUGAGUUCAUGGUUACAGUAUGUUAAAUCCAUGCAAACUCACAUGGACUAUGAUGGUCAGGCACGAGCGGAAAAAUUAUCAAGGGUCGUGAUAACACUUUUUGCGAUAGUUGGAUUAAUAUGGGGGUACGUUAUUCAACAAUUUUCACAAACAAUGUACAUCCUCGGUGCAGGAUUUGCGAUGGCUGCUUUAAUAACAGUUCCCCCGUGGCCCAUGUAUCGCCAUAAGCCUUUAGAAUGGCAGAAACCACAGUCUGGAGUUACUACCAAACUGAAAAAGAAGAAAUAGUUUAUUCCAGUUGUACUUGAUAAAAUUUUAUUAGCAAUAAUUAUCAUAUGCCAAUAUUUGAUAA